GGGAAACGGAGGGGGAGAGAGACGCAGGGCAGGAAGCAGCCUGAAAGAGUGCUUCAGAGGAAGGUCUGCAGGGCUGAAAACUGCUCCGUUCGACAGAAGCUGAAGGAGACGGCGAGCAAGGAUGGCAGCAUGGGACCUGUCGGUCGUAGUGGAGGACCUGGGCCCAGAUGUCCUACCCCUCAUACUCAGCGUGACCUCUGACCUCCACAUUGGAGGAGUCAUUCUGAAACUGGUGGAGAAAACACAGCUGAAACGCGACUGGUCGGAUCACGCGCUGUGGUGGGAGCAGAAGCAGCAGUGGCUCCUGCGGACAACAUGGACUCUGGACAAGUGUGGCAUCCACGCAGACGCCCGGCUGGUCUUCAUGUCCCAGCACAAGCUCCUGAGGCUCGGCCUAACCAACGGCCUGACUGUGCGGCUGAAGGCCUGCUUCUCAGGCCCCGUCUUCAGCACCGUGGUGGAGAUCUGCAAAAUGCUGAACAUCCGACACCCAGAGGAGCUCUCCCUCCUUCGGCCGGUGGAGGAGAAGAAGAAGAAGAAAGACAAAGAUGCUGUUGAGGAGGUCUAUGACCUCACUGAGGUGCCUCUCACCUCAGUGUCUCGGUCCGCCUUGUAUAACGGCAUGCCAGCUCAUUUUGCCGACUCGCCCAAGAUGGAGGAGGUGUACAAAAUGCUUUCCAUCACCCAGCCUCCUCCUGCCCCCGCAGCCAUAGCCAAGCAGUACCGACCCGCCAGCGUAGUAGACAAGGCCCACAUCAAUGGCAGGUGGUUGGACUCGUCUCGUUCUCUCCUGCAGCAGGGCAUCAAGGACAAUGACUGGCUGUGGCUUCGGUUCAAAUACUAUGCCUUCCACGAUCUAGAACCCAAGUAUGAUGCGGUGCGUCUAACUCAGGUAUACGAGCAGGCCCGCUGGGCCAUCCUGCUGGAGGAUGUCGACUGCACGGAGGAGGAGAUGAUGCUUUUUGGGGCCCUGCAGUACCACAUCAGCAAGCUGGCUCUGACGGAGCCCCAAACGCUGAGCACCAAUGCCGCCAUGGAGGACCUGGAGUCAGCCCUGCAGUCCCUGGAGGUCAAGAUGGACGGCAAUAGCAGCACCACCACGGAUAUAUUGGAAAACAUAACCGCACCACAGCUCAACGACUACCUGAAGAUUUUCCGGCCAAAGCGGCUGACUCUGAAGGGAUACAAGCAGUACUGGUUCAAGUUCCAAGACACCUCCAUCUCCUACUUCAAGAGCAGAGAGGAGAGCAUCGGGGAGCCCAUUCAGAAGAUAAAUCUGAAAGGAUGUGAGGUUGUUCCAGACGUUAACAUCGCCGGACAGAAGUUCCUUAUUAAGCUGUUGAUUCCAACCCCUGAGGGAAUGACCGAGGUCUAUCUGCGUUGCGAGGAUGAGCAGCAGUAUGCAAAGUGGAUGGCUGCGUGUCGGCUGGCUUCCAAAGGGAAGAACUUGGCCGACAGCAGCUUCCAGACCGAGAUCCAGAGCAUCCGCUCUUUCCUGGCCAUGCAGAAGACCAACCCCACUUCCCACAACAGCAAUGCGCCAGCCACCGAUGACAGCAUCAACACCCACAGCCUGGUGUCCCCGCGCUACCACAAGAAGUACAAGCCCAAACAGCUGACCCCACGUAUCCUGGACGCCUACCAGAAUGUGGCUCAGCUCUCCCUGACUGACGCCCUGCUGCGCUUCCUGCAGAUCUGGCAGGCCCUGCCUGACUUCGGCAUCUCAUACGUUGUGGUCAGGUUCAAGGGCAGCCGCAAAGACGAGGUACUGGGAAUCGCACCCAACCGUCUGAUCCGCAUCGACCUGGGGGUGGGCGACGUGGUCAAGACCUGGCGGUACAACAACAUGAGACAGUGGAAUGUCAACUGGGACACGCGACAGGUGGCCAUCGAGUUUGAUAAAAACGUGAAUAUCGCCUUCAGCUGUGUGACUGCUGACUGCAAGAUCAUUCACGAGCUCAUCGGAGGCUACAUCUUCAUGUCGACCCGCAGCCGUGACCAGAGCGACACGCUCAACGAAGAGCUCUUCCACAAGCUGACCGGUGGCCACGAAGCUCUCUGAAGCUGGCAUUGACGCGCAAAGGAUCCGUAUCCUCCGGUUGCUGAGGCCAAGAUCCCGUCCUCCCCUGGCCUUUCAAACAAGGACAGACCAUGAGCAAUGCUGUUUUCUAAUGCUUAGAGAGCCACUAGAAAACCUGACCCUUCCAGUUCCAGACUAAGUAUUAUGUUCCCUUAGCAGAACCCGCAACUUAACAGAUAUUAUGUUCCAUCCAUAACAGAUAUUGUGUUCCAACCUGCAACUUAACAGAUCUAUCCAACUAGCUAGAAGACUACCUGUCUGUCCAUUACUCUUUAAACAUGUAAGGACACCUGUCGGCUCAGCCGGCCUUUCUUCACUGUGUCCAAGCUAGCCACAUCGGUGGAUAGAAUGUUAAACGGGAUCCCACUGUUUUAAGAUUGGUUGUCCUCUUCUUUACAUUCCUCUCCUCUCCUGGGUCAUAGUAUCAGGCUAUGACUCACUAUGGACCGAGACCUCCACCUUCACCUCAUCUUGUGAGGCAUUCUAAUCAGUGUUGCCGUCUUAACAUGUCGCUCUACCAGAGCUGUCGUAGUAUUGUUCUAAUGUUUAGCUGAAAACUGCUGUAUUUACGGAGUAGAGCAGCCAUGUUUGCCAAAUGUCUAAAACGUGCACAGUAAAUACAGAAAUACCACUGACCUACUCAUGAAUAACCUUUAUUAAA